AUGCAGCGCCGUCCCCGAGCCGGAGAGACGGAGCAAGACCUCCUGGACUUCCAGGAGAAGUUUCUGGCCUCCCGUAAGACGGCCUCGGCCUCUCUAGUGGCGGAGACGGUCGGAGGCAAGCGGAAACAGCGGCCAGAACAGAGAGACGUUGUCUCACCAACAGGUAUGCUGGUCCCAGAGAGAGGAACUGCUGAGUUCGUAAUGGGAUCUUCUGCAGAUGGUCUCCUUCCAGCUAGAGAUGAUGAAGGUUCAUCGGUAAAGAAGUCAAGGUUCAAGGAGCAGAAGAAAGAUAAAUCUACGCCCUCACAAGUACUUUCCGAUAUACAAGACCGUGAUGUCGUUGAGAGACUGGUAACCAUGCCGACCUGGAUGACAAGCAGGGGUUUCCCCUCUGUGCAGAGCCUGGACUCUGACUCACCCUCUCCUGCCGCCACUCACACGGGCAAGAAGAAGAGUUUGUUUGCCCUGCAGUGCGACUCCCACUCGCCAGAAUUCUUUGGCAUCAAAUUCAAACCCACCAAUCAGACGCAGCCGUUUGGUAGAGACAAAGUCCAACCUUUCGACAUGAGCACUGAACCCGAAGCUCCGCCCACCACUAAUGAGUCUACUCAAUUUGCAUCAACUGCUUCACACGCCUGGACAGGUCUGCUCGGCUCUGACUCCGCCCCUUGCCCCACCUUCUCUUCUCCCUCCCUGAUAUCAGGGGAGGGUCUGGUGGGGUCAGAGGUCAAUUGUGAGACAGCUGCUGAAGAGGUGAAGAAGAUACAUGUGGAGAAUGUGGAGCGACUACGAGAGGUGUCUGAGGCUGAGUUGAGGGCAGAGAGACAGCGAGUGGAACGGGCAUUGGGACCUGAACUUGUGGCCUUUCUCAAAACGAGGAGCAUGAGAAGGGAAAGAGGAGAGGGGGUUGGAGAAGGUAUGGAGACAGGAGAGGGAGAAGAGGGAGGCAGAGGAGAAGAAGAGAGGAGAGGCGGGGGUUCUGGCCACUGCUACGUGGGUUCACAUGGACCAGGUACAGAGAGACAGAAUGGAGUGGAUGACAGACGUUCUCCCCACAGACCUCAAGGUGUGUAUGACAUACCGUGGGGAUUGAGUCUACAUUUUUACCAAAGAAUGUGGGAAGGAGGCCCAGUGAGGUUCAGUAUGGAAGGCCUGAUCAUCCCACGCGGCACCUCCCUCCCCUCACACUCCGCACUCUAUCACCAUGGCGACGAGCCAGCCGCAGCUGGCUACUCUCUGAACGAGCUGCUGUCUCUAGUGAGGAGUUCCGUCUCUCAACAGAGGAUCUGGAGUCUCUCCACGUUAGCCAAGAUACUGGAGAAGGCGUGGAGAGGGGGCUACAGAGGAGCUGUGUCUCACGGAGUCCUGGGAGCUCUGUGUGGAGCUGGCCUGCCUCUACUGCUGAGACACUCUGUGGACGACAGCUCCUCGUCUGUCGUAUCUGCCGCCAUCGCUGCCCUCCACAUUUGCCUUUCACGGGCACUGGGCAAGGGAGCAGGGAAGGGGGGAGGAGAGGAAGGAGGGAGGGGACAGGGAGAAGAGGAAGACUCUGAGGUCAUGGACAGAGACGUCGUACUGGGUUACCUGGCAACAGGUCUGCUGCAAAGACUCCGAUACAUCCUGGAGGUGGUGAGACCGCGCCCACCUGAGGUCCUGCAGACUCUGCAGGUCAUCACCAGAAUGGCCAGACACUCCCUCCAUGCCGCCGCCCAGGUUGUAGAGUGUCCGAGACUAAUGUCCACCAUAUUCUCAGAGUUCCUGCCUCUAGUGUGGAGUCCAGCUGAAGACGGUGGGUCUAGUUUGAGCCAUGGAACCCCCCAGCCAGCUGCUAUGAGACUGAUGCAAGUCCUGGUCUCUGCCAGUAGGAACCUCGCCUCACUCCUGCUCACUCGUCACGGUCUCCUGGAGGUCAUAGUUCGCUACACAGUGCCCCACCCCUCCGAACUCUCCCUCCCUGCAAACUCCGCCCACUUCCUCUCGGUUGCUGCACUGCAAACCGGUCGAGCUCUCCUACAGUAUGGCUUCGCGUCUUCCUGGAUUAGUGACUGUUACCAAGUCCUGUCCCGCCAUUUUUUCUCACUGGCGUCUCUCUCCGUCACUUCCCUCUCUCUGCACACUGCGGUUCACCUGUCCGCCAUGGUCUCUCUGUUGGAGCCAGCCCUCUCCCUCCUCCCCUUCUCCCUCGUCUCAUCCCUCCUCCCUCCCCUCCUCUCCGGACUGGCCCGCUGGAGUGACGUGGUGGGUGUUUUGGAGGUGGCUGCCUCUCUCUCUUCUCCAUCUGGACUCAUCCAGUCUCUCUCACACUCUCCUCUUCUCCGCGCAGCUCUCUCUGGCCUCAGGAAGACCUCUCCUCUGUGUUGCCUUCCUCUCUCCUCCUCCUCCUCCUCUCCCCCCUCCUCCCUUCCCCACCUUCACCCCUCCCUCCCUCUUCCUCCACACCCUGCAAUAUACGGAGGGCACUAUGACGACGACGUGAAGACACUUCUUCACCCACACUUUGUCUACAUCUCUUCCACCGACUUCUUACUCAGCUAUCUUCGUCUGUGCCUCGCUGUUGGCUCCGCCCACAAGGGUGUGGUCUCCAGGGUGUCUGAGUUGUUGAGUAAUCCUCAGUUCAGAGAGUAUGUGGCACUCAUCUGCAACUCUUCCCCAGUGAAGGUCAGGGAGCUGGACGGACUCCCCGAGUCACUUCUCACCGAGGACCUCUCUUCACUCUCCUUGAUACACCCUCCCCAACCUCUCCCCUCCCCCCUCCUCGCUGGCCACACCCCCCUCAGCUCUCUGCUGGCGGAGACACGAGACCGUCUCCCCUCCAUCUCCUCCACCAUUCUCACCUCUCUCUCUGCUUCCUUCUUCACCCAGCACGCACUAGACUGCUCCAGACAUCUGUUCUACUCUCCAUCUCACUCUCCCUCUCUCCCUUCCCUCUGCUGCCCGCCUUACUCCGCCCCUCUCCUGCCAGCUGAUUGGUUCGCUCUCCCCCUCGUCUCGCUCUAUCAACACUCGUUGUCAAGGUCAUGUGAUCCGGGGUCGGAGGUCAUAGUGACUGUCAGAAACACUCUCAGUGUGCAGCUGUUGUUGGAGAAGUUGAGGCCGACUUCUCUCUCCCACCUCCCUCCCUCCACUCGUCUCUCUCCUACCCUCCUCACCUUCCUCAUCGGUAACGAUCUGUUCCUGGAGAGAGAGAUCCACCCUCUCCUCUCUAACCUCCUCAUCUCUGUCUUCUGUUCCCAGACCUUCCAACAGACCCUAGACCUCUCGCUCCCUGUCCCUGGCCUUCCCUCCUUCACCGACCUCUACGAGUGUCUGCUGACGCAGUAUGCAGCUGUCUCCUACGGAGACCCUCUCUUCACGACCUACCUCCUCUUGCCUCUCCAGAGAAGGUUCCCCGUGGCCCUGCGCCGCUCCGUAUGGGGCCAGGCCAGCCACACCCUCCGCCUCCUCUCUCUCCCUCUUGACCAGGUCACAAUGGAGUCCCUUGAUGUAUUUGACAGCUGUACAUCACGUUCACCACUUUCUCUUCCCAAAGACAGCGGAGGAGUCACACACCCACACGGGGCCGAGCGCUCGAUCGCUCACCGGCGGCUGCCCAGUUUAGUCACAAUACCAACCGAGGUCUGGGGAGGAGAGAUGAGGCUGUGGUGGCGAGUGAAGCUCAAGUCAGUGUUGCUGCUGGCGAUGGUCGCGGCGUGUCUUGCCGCGCUCUCUUUCCUGCAGCAGCCGGCGGGAAGCCCCAGUUCUGCAGGAGAGGGAGGUCUGAGCAGGGGGGCCAGAGGAGGUGCGGUGGAGAGAGAGAAAGAACUCGAGGCCUUCUUGGUGGAACUGGAGUCGCAUCACAAGGAGGAGGAGAAGGAGAGGGAAGAGGGACGGGUGGUGCCACGCAAGGCACUAGAACUGCAAGACGGAAACUUUCCAAGUCAGAGAGACGAUGGAGAGCAAGAGGUGGAGAGGGAGGUAGAGGAUAAGGUGUCAGUGAUGACGAGAAAGGAAGGAGUGGAGGAGAGGGUGAGGGAGGUGAGGAAGGAGCAGGAGAGAAGAUAUCCAAUCGGGAGAAAGGGGAGAGAUGAGAACAGAGUGGUGGAGCCAGGUGGCGUCAAGGAGGAGGCGGUACAGAGAGAGCAGAACCAGCGAAGGCUCUUCUCACAGAGACCCAACAAUGGCCGACUGCGGGACCAAGACAGAGGGAGGGUCAGACGAGCCCCGCUCAGUAACGAGGAGGGGUUUCCCCAUUUCCCGGUUGACCUGGGGACCUUUGACCCCGAGGCCUACCUCGGUGGGCAGCUGCUGGAAGAGGGGGAAAACGAGAUGAAGAAAUUUCAGUUCAACCAGCGAAGAAGCCAGGAAACGCCCUACGAUAGAGAACUGAAAGACGUCAGAAACCCUAGUUGUGCCAGCUCCAAGGAAGACUACGCGAGCGAUCUUCCUGCAAUCAGUGUCAUCAUCUGUUUUCAUAACGAGGCUCGCUCCGCUCUUCUCCGCACCAUCUACAGUGGGUAUAUGGCAGUCAGCUACUGCCCUUCUUCUGUGGCCGCAAGUGGCCUGUUUGUAACAGCACUCUCUGUCUUUCUUCUCUCCCCACUCCCCACUCCCUUCUCCAUCCCACUGCCUUGUUCCCCUCCCUCCCCUAGUGUCCUCCAGAGAAGCCCACCUGAGUUAAUAUCUGAAUUAGUUCUCGUGGACGACUUCAGCGACAAUCCUGAAGAUGGGCAGCUGCUUGCCGCCAUUCCGAAGCUCCGGCUGAUGAGGAUGGAGGAGAGAAGCGGACUAAUGCGGGCCAGGGUGAAGGGGGCGGAGCUAGCGGAGGGGCCAGUACUCACGUUCCUGGACAGUCACUGCGAGGUGACGACUGGUUGGCUCCAACCUCUCCUCUCUCGGAUAAAGACAAACCACACCCACGUGGUGUCGCCCAUCAUUGACAUCAUCAACAAGGAGUCCAUGCAGUACACCAGUGCCAGUCCCCUCGUCAAGGGAGGUUUUGGUAACAAUCUUCAUUUCCGGUGGGACCAAAUGUCGCAGAGAGAGGUGCAGACACGAGCCAGAAUAAUAGACCCCAUCAGAACGCCAGCCAUUGCAGGUGGCCUGUUUGCAGUCUACAAAGACUGGUUCACAGAACUCGGAAUGUAUGACACACAGAUGGAGAUAUGGGGAGGAGAAAACAUAGAGCUGUCACUGAGGGUGUGGAUGUGUGGAGGAGUUCUAGAGAUAAUUCCUUGUUCCCGCGUUGGACACAUCUUCAGGUCUGCCAUGCCCUACUCCUUUGGACCGGGAGGCACCUACCACAACACUGUGGCCAAAAACAUACGAAGAACAGUUGAAGUGUGGCUGGAUGAGUACAAGCCUUUCUUCUAUGAGCGAAACCCUUUCUCUAAUAAAGUGGAAUAUGGCGAUAUAUCAGAGAGGCUGGCUCUAAGAGGCAGACUCCAGUGUAAGCCAUUCAGUUGGUACAUCAAGAAGAUCUACCCUCUCUUUGAUCCUCCACCAAUACAAGACUUCACCUACGGCCACCUCCGACACGGGGAGGUGUGUCUCGACAGUCUCGGCCGCGUCUCCAUGCAACCUCCUGAACUGAGGCCUUGCGAUCCCGACAAGGCUCGCGUCGCAGGAACUCAGGGCUGGGCGGUGACAACGCAACACGAGAUAAAGGCCCAUCCUCUCUGCCUCACUCAUGACUCGGGGAGACUGUUCAUGACCUCGUGCAACGGAGGAACAAAGCAACUGUUCCAUCUCCAUGACAACGGCCUGAUCCAGCAUGGACCCACUAACAAAUGCCUCGGGGUCAAAGGUCCCCAGCUGCGCCUUGACCCCUGUGAUGUCACAAGCUCUGCCCAAGUCUGGGAGUUUGUCGUGGCCACACCCACCAAUGAAAACCAGGACUCUGUUUAUCUAAUUCCUAAUUAGGAAGCUAUGAUCCCAACUUCCCAUAGCUCUGUUUCCGUGACAACCAAACAUACUACCCUCUUCUCCCAAAAAUUAAUGGACCAACCGACAGACUUAUCACCAUAAUUACAUCAUUACGACAUCAUCACUUUUUGCAUUUGGUGGAUAAAUAUGCACACUAGUUUCUGUAAUAGCAAUGGAUGACUUUGUUUCACUGGCAGGAGAUGCGUCCAUGACUGACUAGGUAGUUGAAGAUCUUUCUCGUCUUGUUAACGUCGAUUUUGAGCAGUCGCCGGGCAUCGGCAAGGCGGAGCUGUCCGUACCUCUGCCCCUCGCCCUCCAGUUGGGCCAUGUAGCCGAGGAGAGCCUCUGGGUGGAGCCGACAUGUCUGGCACAGCUCUCUCUCCUCGGCCGAGAGUCGCUCCACUCCGGAGAGCCGUGAUAUGUCCUGACUUCCCACUGCCUUCUCCCUCACUACACACAUCACACAGAGAGCCUUGAGAAACUGAACACUGUCAACAAUACACACAUACCUGUAGCCUUCUCCCUAUAUUAUAAUACAGAGGAAAGGGGAAUAUAAUGGUGUAAAAGUGAAGCAAGGAUUUUACUCACUCUGGCUUGCGGAGCACCAGUUGUGAGAACAAGGACUCCUCAGGUGUGCAGGCAUUCUUGAGGGCAUCUCCAUGUUGCUGUCUCUGGUGCCUCCUCCUCCUCCUCAGCUCCUCACACAGCUCCGCUCCUGGUCAUGUGACAGUCACAUGACCCACUGAGGGUAAUCACAUGACUGACCUUGUCUGGUGGUUAUUCCGUU